UUCUUAGAAACACUUGUGUUCAUUUGUCAAUAGCAUUGCUUGUGUUCAUCAGGUCGAGAAUGUCUACAAUAGAAUCAUUAUAUCAUGUUACCAGAAUAAUAACUGACACACUAAUUAUAAUUUGAUGAAUAAGCAAAAUAAUAGAGUGGACGAAGGAAUUAUAUACGGAAUUAUAUACAUGGAAUUAGUAUAUAAAACAAAAAACUAUUGUGCAGUGCACAACAUAGACUGUUGGAUGAGGGGCAAGUCUACUGAUAUUGGAGGUUCUCCCUCCAUCCAACCAUUUGGACUGAAAAACAGGGGACUUUUGUCCAACUACAUGGGUGACAAAGAAAUUAUAUACAGCAUGCAUGCUUGAGGGAAUCAAAAUGAAAGGAAAAUUCUUGAGUCUUUACUCAAGGGUUUCUGAGGCCUGCCAAUCGCUUCUCAAGCUCAUCAACACCCGAACUGCAAUAACGAAUACCAGAUGUUAGAAAAAAAAUGAUAAAGUUUUCUUUGCCUUGGGAAAUUAUUUUUAAGUUUUAAGAGGGGUUUUCAAUUUCCGUCGUUUCCGAGAAAAGCUGGGGGGGGUUUGCUCUGCAUUUCCUUUUCCCUUACAAACUCCGGCGAGGUCUCCGAACAAGCUAUCGCUACUCCUUUUAAUCCCAUUUCAGCAACGGAGUUCGGUUUUCGAUUUUCCCCUAUAUUUUUUCGAAGCAAAAUCAAAGAGAAAAUGCUCCGCUGAAAUGUUUUUGUACUGUUCUCUUUCGUUCUGUAAAGCCAAACAAGUCAAGUAUUCCGGAGAAGUAUUCAAGGGUCGGUUCUUUUUGUUGGGUUCGUUGAGGACUAGGGUUUUGGGGAGCUAGUCAAAAGUUGGCGUCUUGCUUGCGUGAGAGACUACAAUAGGUCUUUUUCCGGACGUUUGGAGCAAGUUUUGGUAAUCUUUUUGUAAACCAGUAGGUUUUGAGGAUUGGUUUUGGGCUUUCGGCGUUUUGCUUGCGCGUGGGAGAAUCUAAAUUGUGAAUUGACUUCUGCUUAGUGACUUUGAAUUUCUUGUUUGAGGGGUCAAACUGUUGCAUUUGAAGGGUUGGUAAAGGUUGGAGCUUGGAGCUUGAAUUUUGAAUUUGAUGAGAUAGAAAGACUGCUAUGGAUAUUGAUUCGGCAGAGGAGGUUGCUUGCUUGGACGCCGGACUCUUGCUGCUUAAUGAGGUGUCACCAUUUGCUCUUAAAUUGAGUCCUCAGCUUGUGGAGGAAUUGUACUCUCAGUGGCUUUCUCUUCCAGACACAGCCCGACUGGUGAAAUCUUUGAUAGAUGAUGCAAAGGCAGGGACUGCCAUUAAUGUCUCAAGUGCAAAUGCUGCUGGUAGCAAUUCACUGCCUUCCAUGUUCCCUGCUGGUACUGCACCUCCACUUUCACCACGAAGUUCAGCUGUUUCUCCUUGCACAUCAAAGCAAAGGAAUAGCCCUUCGUCUCUAGGCUCCCCAUUAAAAUUUUUUACUGAGCCAAUACAAGAAGAGAUUCCUCAGUUCUAUUUUCAAAAUGGUCGUCCACCACCAAAAGAUCUGAAAGAACACUGUCUUUCUAGUAUUAAUCAUCUUUUUAAUGAUCAUCCAAAUGGAUUGCACAUAGAUGAGUUUAAACCAGUGACGAAGGAAGUUUGCAAGCUACCAACAUUCCUUUCGUCUGCACUUUUUAGAAAGAUAGAUAUUGACUGUACUGGGAUAGUGACAAGGGAUGCCUUCAUUAAGUUUUGGGUUGACGGCAACAUGCUAGCAAUGGAUAGAGCCACUCAAGUAUUUAAAAUUCUUAAGCAGUCAGACCACAACUUUCUUACUCAGGUUGACUUCAAACUUGUUCUUCAAGAACUUUUGGAGACUCAUCCAGGAUUAGAAUUCCUACGAGGAACUCCUGAAUUUCAAGAAAGAUACACUGAAACUGUCAUAUACAGAAUAUUUUAUUAUAUAAACAGAUCAGGGAAUGGUCAUCUUACCCUGAGGGAGCUGAAACAUGGAAAUCUUAUUGCUGCAAUGCAACAAGCAGAUGAGGAAGACGACAUUAACAAAGUUCCUAGGUACUUCUCAUAUGAACACUUUUAUGUUAUAUACUGUAAGUUCUGGGAGAUGGACACAGACCAUGAUUUCUUGAUUGACAGAGAGAGCCUCCUUAGAUAUGGUAAUCACAGCCUCACAUACAGGAUUGUUGACAGAAUCUUUUCACAGGUUCCAAGGAAGUUUAACAGCAGGGUUGAAGGGAAGAUGGAUUAUGAAGAUUUUGUUUACUUCAUUCUUGCAGAGGAAGACAAAUCUUCUGAACCUAGCCUGGAGUAUUGGUUCAAGUGUAUAGAUUUGGAUGAAAAUGGAGUGCUUAGACCAAAUGAAUUGCAAUUCUUUUAUGAGGAGCAGUUACAUCGGAUGGAAUGCAUAGGCCUAGAACCUGUGCUCUUUGAGGAUAUAUUGUGUCAAAUAGUUGACAUGAUUGCACCUAAGAGGGAAGAUUAUAUCACACUACGUGAUUUGAAAGGAUGCAAACUUUCAGGAAAUGUUUUCAAUAUCCUAUUCAAUCUCAAUAAGUUCAUGGCAUUUGAAACUCGAGACCCAUUUCUCAUUCGCCAGGAACGUGAGGAUCCAACAUCAACAGAAUGGGAUCGCUUUGCACACCGGGAAUACAUCAGGCUUUCAAUGGAAGAAGAUGUUGAAGAUGCAUCAAAUGGGAGUGCUGAUGUUUGGGAAGAAUCCCUUGAAGCUCCUUUUUAAGUUGCGAUAACCUAAACUUCCAUGGGAAAUUGACGAAUCAAAUAGAUUUCAAGCGAAGACUUGUUAUGGGGAUACACUCCUUGGAGCAAACUGAUUGCAACCUGAAUAGUGGUCUUUAAGCAGCCAUUUACCUUGAAUAUGGAUGUGUUCCAGGCAAUCUGCUGGAUAUUUUGCACCUAUAUUAAGUUGUGCUCCAAACAGUGACUAUUCUGAGACGGCAUCAUUCCCCAAUCCCCAGGUAUCAAUAGUAUGCUAUAGUGUUAUAGAUGGUAGUUGUCUUGGCUGUUCAGUUUCCCGACUCCCAUUUUUCUAAUUAUUGUGCAUUGGAUUCGGCAUAUGGUCUUUUACCAAACUAAAUCGGAAAAGUGAAAAAACGAAUGAAUAAGGUGGGACUGUUAACUCUUGUAACUGUUAGAUGAGGGUUGAAAAGGCUCAAAUUCUUUUAUUCAUGUUAUCACGGAACACUGUUAGAUGUUCUGGUAAAUGAAAGGAUGGUGCAUAA